CAUGUUGUCAGGAGAUCUGGAGAUACCUGCAGCACCGGCCGGACCAGCCAGGGACGUGGCACCUGGGCAGAGAUGUUUGUGUGGUGAGGAGUGACGCUGCGGAGGCUCGUGCUCCACUUUGCUUUCCCACUAGUGCUGGCGGUUGGCUGGAGGGCAGAAGGAGCUGCUGGCAUUGCCUUGGUGCUGCAGGGAUGUGUCCCCGUGCUCUGCAAUGAUAUGGAGCGUGGAUGUGGCCUGAAGAUGGACCCGAUCGUGUGCUGCAGCAGCAGUAAAUUGUAGUUUAUUGUAGAAGGAAUGAAUGACCAGGCUCAUCCCCAGCACUGAGCAGCCGCAGCCGGCCCACCAUGCCGAUCCCACCCCCACCGCCGCCGCCCCCCGGGCCCCCCCCACCCCCCACCUUCAGUCAGGCAAACACAGAGCCACCAAAAUUGAGCCGAGAGGAGCAGCGUGGGCGCGGAGCCCUCCUGCAGGACAUCUGUAAAGGGACCAAGCUAAAGAAAGUGACACAAAUCAAUGACCGCAGCGCCCCAAUCCUAGAGAAGCCCAAGGGCAGCGGUGGCAGCAGCUACGGCUCCAGCUCAGCUGGGAUCCAGCCCAAAGGAGGCCUCUUCCAAGGGGGUGUGCCCAAGCUCAGACCCGUGGGAGCAAAGGACAGCUCAGACAGCUCUGGGAAGCAAACCCUGCAAGUUCCGGGCUGCAGAGCCGCUGCCCCCAGGCCCCCGGUGCCGGCCAGCAGCAGCCGACCUCAGGAUGAUUCUGACAGCAGCCGAUCGUCUCCGCCGGAGCUGCCGCGCACGCAGCGGCCGUCCCUGCCGGACCUGUCCCGACCCGGCACCGCGGGUGGUACCGGCAUGAAGCACAGCUCGUCCGCCCCGCCGCCCCCCCCUCCGGGCCGCAGAGCUGCCGCGCCGCCCGCCCCCCCGCCGGCACACGGCCCCAAGGUCUCCUCGUACAACCGGGAGAAGCCCCUUCCGCCCACCCCGGGACAGCGAGCGCCCGCUGGCAGGGAUGGACCCCCCGCCCCUCCACCCGUCAAGCCCCCGCCCUCCCCAGUCAGUAUCCGAACGGGGUCCGGGGCUCAGAACCAGUCCCUCGCCCCCCCGCCGCCCCCUUACCGGCAACCCCCCGGCGUCCCCAACGGCCCCUCCAGCCCCAUCAACGAGUCUGCCCCGGAGCUGCCGCAGCGGCACAACUCCCUGCACAGGAAGACAACGGGCCCCUUGCGGGGUCUCGCGCCGCCGCCACCUGCCUCGGCCUCCCCGUCCCUCCAGAGCAGCCGCCCCCCACCGCCAGCACGAGACCCCCCCAGCCGUGGUGCAGCCCCGCCGCCCCCACCACCCAUGCUGCGGAAUGGGGGGCGUGAUGCCCCCCCGCCCCCACCCCCCUACAGACUGCAUGGUUCCACUGAGCCCCCCAGCCGUGGGAAGCCGCCCCCACCGCCCACCCGGACGCCUGCAGGACCCCCCCCACCCCCACCACCAGUGAGGAACGGGCACCGGGACUCCAUUGCCACUGUCAGAGCAUUCCUGGAUGACUUUGAAUCCAAAUACUCAUUUCACCCCGUCGAAGACUUUCCAGCCCCAGAAGAAUAUAAAUACUUCCAGAGAAUCUACCCCAGCAAAACAAACAGAGCCACGCGCGGGGCCCCCCCGCUGCCCCCCAUCCCCAGGUGAGGCCGAGCCGGUGCCGCUCGGUGCUGAGCGCAGCCCGGAGCUGCUCCCGCCUCCAGCCGGACCCACCCCAUGAACCUGCAUGAGAAUCCCGGCACCUUCAGCGCCCCCGGGACACGGGACGCACCGACCCCCAUCGGCUCCAUCCCACGCGGCUCCCGGCCCCGCAGCCCCAGGUUGGAGCCCGGGAUGGACACGGACACGGGCUGAGCCGGGGGGUCCCGUGGGGUGGGACCGUGGGGUGGGACCCACGGGGGGAGCUGUGACACCGGGACACGGGGGGUGUGUGGGCUGCGUGGGGGCUGCGGGCUCUGACCGUGCGGGGCUCGUUGGACGGUUCGGGUCCAUUCGGGACGUUGUGAAGCUGCGGCGGGGACGGAACCGAACCGGAACCGGAACCGAACCGUGUGGGGCUGUUCGGUAUCACGUGGGAUCCCCCCGGGGUGGGGGGGCACUAAAGGGCGCCCUGAGCGCUGCGCUCAGACAUGGGGGGAUGGGACACGGAACCGGGAUAUUGGAACUGAGUUAAUAAAGGAGAUAACGGAGAUAACGGA